AUGACGCGGAUGAAGGUGUUAGCGAGGUCAUAUGUUUGGUGGCCUGGUCUAGACAAAGAUCUAGAGAGCACAGUACGGAGCUGCAAAAUCUGUCAAAGUGUUCUUCCGGCAAAGACUGUUGGUCCUCUGCAGCCCUGGUCAUACCCGACAAGAGUUUGGCAACGUGUACAUGUGGACUAUGCUCUCAAGGACGGCGUAAAUUUGCUGGUGCUGGUCGACGCCUACUCGAAAUGGGUUGAGGUUUUCUGUAUGAAUACAACGACUACUACGAGCACACUGAAGAGGUUGGACGCACUUUUUGCAUCCUAUGGUUACCCUGAAGAAUUGGUAACAGACAACGGGCCACAGUUCGCCUCUGAGGAAUUUCAAGAGUUCCUGCGACAGCGAGGAAUCAGACAUACUCGAACACCUCCAUACCACGCAGCUUCCAACGGAGCUGCAGAGAGACUGGUAAGGACCACCAAGACUGCGCUCAUCAAGGAAGUUCUGGAAGACAGGAUAAUGGGAGCGAAGCGUACAGUACAAGAGCGCAUCAACGACUUUCUGAUGUCCUACCGAAACACGCCAAAUUCGGUAACGGCAAAGGCUCCAGCGGAGCUUUUCCUGAAGCGGUUGCCCCGCAUUAGGUUGUCUCUCGUGAAGCCGAACUUCGCAAGUGACAUGGCAGACCGUCAGAAAAGGAAUACUGACCGUCGUAAUUGCGAAAGAGGACCGGCAGACCUGUUCAGCGUCAACGACAAGGUGUUCGUGAAGACAACGAGAGGCGAAGCAGAAUCAUGGCAGGAAGGGAUCAUCGAAUAA